UAAAUGUUGUCAUAGAAAUAGACUCUAGCUCUCACGAGCCUGUAUUGACAUAAUGUUGCAAAUCUAAAUGGAUGCAAAAGCAAAUUAUUGAUCAUCUUCAGCGUAAAAAUUUCCUAAACCGGCCUUCAUUCAUUUAAAACGAAAGAACACUGUUAGCAGUGAGAGUAACAAGGGUAGAACAGUUCACGGAACUACCGUAUCAUUCUGUCGGAUUGGCGGUAAGAGGCCAUUUACCACAAGAGGUAAACAGAAACAUGGGCGACUUCAAAUUGUCAGAGUUCCAGAAAAAGAAACUGCGACACGUUUUCGAUAUCUUUUAUGAUAUAAACAAAGAUGGUGUCAUUGAAUGGAAAGAUUUCAAAAUAGCUAUUGAGAAAAUCUGCGAUUUGCAUGGCUGGCCCCAAGGAAGAGAGAAACACACGACCGCAACAGAGACAAUGCAGGAGAUCUGGAAGGCUCUCCUCAAAUAUGCAGACAAAAACAAGGAUAAGAAGGUAUCCACUGAGGAGUGGUAUCUGAUGUGGACUGAAAGCAUCAAGGCGAGCAAGAACACCGGUGCACUCCCUGACUGGGUCAACAGAUACCGCGAGUUUAUGUUCUAUGUAAAUGAUACCUCAGGUGAUGACAUCAUUGACAUGAACGAAUACAAAACUGUAUAUAAAUCGUAUGGGAUCACCGAUGCUGACUGCGAGAGCGCCUUCAACAAGUUUUCUGAGAACCAAGCAGUGAAAAUUACCAAAGAUGAAUUCGCUGAGCUGUUCAUGGAAUAUUUCGUGUCAGACGACCCAAAUGCGAAGGGUAAUGCCCUCUUUGGAAAGACCAAUUUCUAGGGAAUGUGUUUCAAAACCGAGGAACUUUUAUUCGUUUUUACAUUUUAUCUGGGAGUAUGUUGUAAUAUUGUGAUAACGCCAUGGUAGCAGCCUAAGUAAUGCGGGGAGUUGAAAAUUAAAGAGACGGCCAUUCGAGUGUUCUUCGGGCUUCCCUCGCCUACAGAGGUGGAGAAAAAGUCCCAGAAACACCGAAAAGGAUAAUGUGUCAACAGCGUUCGAACAGUAGCCGAGCAAGCAUUUGAUGUCACCAAAAGACGGUAUGGGUGACAUCGACUGCCACGAAGAUGGUCGAACUACUAGUAAAACAGUUUCGUGGAAAAUGUGUCCUUUUGUAUUUGUGCUAUAUAGUGAGCUUGGCUUACUUGUAACAGUCUACAGUGCUGGCUGAAGAAACAAUGCCCUAAAACUAUAGAUUGGGCUAAGACGCCACUUAUGAAUAAAUUAUAUCGCAAGUAGAUUACAAAAAUACAUAUACAUGGUCUGGCAGGAAGAAAACAUCCACAAAGCAUGGUUUCCAGUACCGUUCUUAAAUAUUAGGCCCUCAAUGUUCGCUGUUAGAACAAAUUGUUAUUCGUUUAAAACAAGUAAAAACUAUGAUAACUGUGAACCCGCAAUGGACUAGGUGAUCGUGUAAUCUAAAACAAGAUGCUGGAAUAUUGUUUUACCACUAGUGCUUUAAUAUUAUCUAAAUCAAAUUAUACGUUUGCAUUUGAAUGUCUCACUGUUUGUGAUUUAAUUUAGAAUGAUAUACAAAUUCUUUUACAGCAUUUCACGGAACAUAUGAAUCUGUGAAAAAUGAUAUUGACUAUAGAUUUUAAUAGACAGAGAUUAGGGAACCAACAGAAUCAGUAAUUUCACUUUUAGGAUUAUGAGAAAGGGUUUAGAUGUUAUAAGAUAAUUAAGAUACUAACUUCAGCGAUGUAAAUAAGUGAAAGUGAGCGAGUCUAUGGACCGUUUUUGUGGAUGCUACUUGCGCACAACGCGGCAUGAAAUCGGCUUCUGAAAUACUGCACAGAAAAUCAACCAGAAUUCCAAAACAUUCUUUGGUGCCUUAAUAUAUCUCUGUAACUUUACUUUUGCAUUUGCCGAGAAUUGUUGGUCACAUUGAACGAUCACAACCAAUAUCUCAACUACCGCAUUGCGCCAUUGUUCGGUUCAUGUAGUUAGUCGCUUACCACGAGUUUGUACAAAUGGCUCACCCGAUUUUUCCACAUAUUUGGUGUUUAUUCAAAAAUAUAAAAAUAAUCUUUCGUUCAAGUUCGUCUUUUUACUGUCGAAAUAUAUAAGCAAACCAAUCGAUAAAAUUCUUUUUAAAAACUUGUGUAAGGCCUAU